AUGGCCGACCUCAACGGCGCCGAGGCCUCAGCCUCAGGCCCAGCCCAUAAUGACGACUAUGCAUACCGGUCCUUCCACGAGUACAGAUGGGACCUAGACAAGGACUUCCUCGGAGGCCUCGUUCUCGCCCUGGGCGGCUACCAUGCCCUGGCACAGACCGCCUCGCAGGCCGACAUCGUCAUGCACUCGCGGAUAUUCUACUACGCCCGCAUCAGCGGCACCACCAUCCCCUACGCCGGCUACAGGGACUGGCUCCGCGCAAGCUACCAGGCCGGUCAACCGGCCCGCCUCUGGGAGUGGGACCUGCUGGAGGCCCUGUGCAACCACCGCGACAGGCUCGCCUCUUCUGCAGCUGGCGACGCCGCAUCGCUGGCAACGAGGCGCGAGGAGGCCGCCGCCGAGAAGGCGCGGCGGGGAUGGCGCGCUGAUGAGUCCACGCCGUCGUGGAUGGCCGCCGCGCCCAAGACCGAGCUGUACGUUGACCGGACACUGGCUGCCAACGACGACGACGGCGACGAGUCUUCCCCUGCGUACCCGGAGCGGUUCGCCGCGAUCAUCAAGGCUGUGCAGACGGGCGAGCCGGUCGAGGGCAUCGUGGAGAUCCCCGACAUCGUGGCAAGAAAUUCGACCACAACUCCGUUUGGAUCGAUGGCUAGGCCACCGAAGCCCUGGGAAAAGGCCCGGCUGGACGCGGGCACUGAGCUCCACGCUGAAGGGGGUCUCGUAGCCCAGGUUGAUGAGAAAUUUCCGGACGACGAUAUCGAGAUGCCUGGAGGUCGUACCUGA